CAUAGUCGCUCCUGGGUGACGCAUUUCCGGAAGGUGAGGUCAGACCUUUCCUGUGCCGCCAUUUCGGGCUUGGUGAGGUCGGGUGUCGCGGGUGUGUGUCGGGCGGCGUCGGUAGGCGCCCAUAGGCGGGGAGUGGCCAUGGCCGGCAACUUCGACUCCGAGGACCGGGCGAGCUGGUACUGGGGGAGGCAGAACCGGCAGGAGGCGGUCAGUCUGCUGCAGGGCCAGCGGCACGGGGUGUUUCUGGUCCGGGACUCCACCACCAUCCCUGGGGACUAUGUGCUCUCCGUCAGCGAAAACUCCAAGGUGUCCCAUUACAUCAUCAACAGCGUCAGCAACAGCCGCCAGAGCACGCCCGCCGGUUUGAAUCAGUCCCGAUUCCGGAUAGGUGAUCAAGAGUUUGAUUCGUUACCUGCUCUGUUGGAAUUUUAUAAAAUACAUUAUCUGGACACUACCACUUUAAUAGAGCCUGUUUCCAAAUCUAAGCAGUCUGGAGUGAUCCAGAGACAAGAAGAAGCAGAGUAUGUCCGGGCUCUUUUUGACUUUAAUGGGAAUGAUGAUGAAGAUCUUCCAUUUAAGAAAGGCGACGUCCUUAGGAUCCGGGACAAACCUGAAGAGCAGUGGUGGAAUGCUGAGGACAGCGAAGGAAGACGGGGCAUGAUACCAGUGCCUUAUGUGGAAAAGUACAGGCCUCCAACUCCUGGGUCCACUCUGAUUGGAGGUAACCAGGAAAAUUCGCAUCCGCAGCCACUGGGUGGGCCGGAGCCAGGGCCCUAUGCCCAGCCCAGUGUCAACACUCCGCUGCCUAACCUUCAGAAUGGGCCCAUUUUUGCCAGGGUUAUCCAGAAGCGUGUCCCUAAUGCCUACGACAAGACAGCAUUGGCUUUGGAGGUUGGUGACCUUGUAAAAGUAACAAAGAUUAACGUCAGUGGUCAAUGGGAAGGCGAGUGCAACGGAAAAUGUGGUCACUUUCCAUUUACACAUGUGCGUCUGCUGGAUCAACAGAACCCUGAUGAGGACUUCAGCUGAGUGUGACUUGGCCCCAUUCCUAAAAUGCGAACAAUCUUGCUCUGUUUCCCUCUUUCUCCAUCUGCCAUUUAGACUGCCUGCCACAGGUUUCCAGAUGUGUAGGUUAUGAAAGUAGUAAUGUCCCAGAAUCCCUCUCAUUUGCAAUCGGUCCUUCUGAGAUUUGGCCAGUUAGGGUACGAGCUUGGAUUGUCUCUGAAAGCAGGCAGCAGUUAAUCCUCCCACCACGGCAAUAGAACACGCAGAUGCAGUGAGCUGCAUGAGUGUUUGUAGCAAGGCAUUUUUAUUUGAACAAGACUUUUUUUUUUUCUUUUUUUUUUUUUUUGUGUGGCCUUUGUUAAUCUCCUUUUCUUACUUAGUAAAGUUUUGCAGACCGGCAUUAGCCUCAAGACACCUGGCAUUGGACUUCACCAGUUUCUAACUGACUUUUUAAUAUAUCUCCUUAGGUAAACACUGUACGUUGAUGAUUUGGCUCCAACUGUUAACACAAUUAAUCAUUCUUCUAAUGUGGAGCUCCUUCGCCCUUCAGUUGUUCCCAGUAUUAAGUUUUAAAAGGGAUUGAGCUGUGGGUGUCUGACAACUUUCUGACUGUUCCGCCCAUCUCCCUCGUCCCGUCUCCUACCCUUGUGGGGUGUUUUUUUUUUUUUUUUUUUU